AUGCUCCGAAUCAGUAGAGCCAGCACCGAUCGACGCCUCAGAUCGAUAGUCGAACGCGGCGCCACCGCGCAAAGGUCACGGUCGAGGGGAGCGGGGCACUCCGUGUGGGUCCGUGGAAUGUUGGAGGUCCCCGCUCGCCGUGACCCCCUCGGCAACGGCGACCGUGACCCCAAUGGCUCCCAGAGCGGCCCGAACGAAACCAAACGAGACAUAAGCCCGGUUCCUAUAUUCAACGAACGACCAGUCGACGCCGCGGUAUCGGCGCUUGGUAGCGGUGCCGGCGCGGGUCUGGACGAGAACGACUUCAUCGACGCCUCGCGGCUGGUGUACGACGGCGUGAGGGAGAUACGAAGGGCCGUGCUGAUGAACAGGGACGAUGAGGACCUGGACCCCGAGGACGUGGAGUUGGACGAGCAUUACACUUUGGAGACCAGGAGCAAAUCGAGCGCUCACACAGGCGAGCAUGGCGUAGACGAAUAUCCCGACAUUAGUGGUAUCACCAAUGCCAGGGAGGCGAUGCGCAAGAUGACGGAGGAGGACAAGCGCAAGAUCCUGCAGCAGGUGGAGCUGUUCCGCCGCGAGAAGAUGACCUUCGACAACGAGGUCGCCAAAUGGGACGACGCGGGGAACGACAUCAUCAUGCUGGCGAAACACAUGUGCAUGAUCAUGCUCGAGAUGACGGACUUCACGAGAGGUCGCGGGCCGCUGAAGACCACGAUGGACGUGAUAAACGCAGCCAAGAAGAUAUCCGAGGCGGGCACCAAGCUAGACAAGUUGACGCGGGAGAUCGCCGAACAGUGCCCGGAGUCCUCGACGAAGCAGGACCUCCUCGCCUACCUGCAGCGCAUCGCGCUCUACUGCCACCAGAUCCAGAUCACCAGCAAGGUCAAGGCUGACGUCCAGAACAUAUCCGGCGAGCUCAUCGUCAGCGGGCUGGACAGCGCCACAUCCUUGAUCCAGGCGGCCAAGAAUCUGAUGAACGCCGUUGUGCUAACUGUGAAGGCCUCCUACGUGGCCUCCACCAAGUACACCAGGCAGGGGACGAUCGCUUCCCCGAUCGUGGUGUGGCGCAUGAAGGCGCCGGAGAAGAAGCCCCUGAUCCGGCCAGAGCGGCCCGAGGAGGUGCGCGCCAAGGUGCGCCGCGGCAGCCAGAAGAAGCAGCCCAGCCCCGUGCACGCGCUGGCCGAGUUCCAGAGCCCGGCGGAGAGCGUC